GCGCCCUUUUUAAAGCGUCACGGGCUAGGGCCAACCGGCUGAUCCUGGCGGCGCAGGGAGCGGCGCGCCGAGCGCCCAGGGCUGCGCUUACCCGGACGGCGGGGCGGCGCCGUGGGCCGGGCGCUCCGGGCUCCCCGACGCCACCGGCGCCCCAGCUCCGCCCCGGGCCUCCUCGCCAUGCGCCCCGGCUAGUGCGCCUCGGGCGCAGCGCCCACCCGGCAGGUCCCGCCGCUCGCCCCGCCGCCGGCAUGCUGCGCCCGCUGCUGCUCGCCGCGCUCUGCCUGGCCGGCCGGCUGGGGACCUCCCGCAGCUGCCAGCUGCCCUCGGAGUGGAGACCCCUGAGCGAGGGCUGCCGCGCCGAGCUGGCCGAGAUCAUCGUGUACGCCAAGGUGCUGGCGCUGCACCAAGAGGUGCACGGCCUGUACAACUACCUGCCCUGGCAGUAUGAGGCCGGCGAGGCGGGGCUCUUCUACUCGGCUGAGAUCGAGAUGCUGUGCGACCAGGCGUGGGGCAGCAUGCUCGAGGUGCCCGCGGGCUCCAGGCUCAACCUCACCGGCCUGGGCUACUUCUCCUGUCACUCCCACACCGUGGUCCAGGAUUACUCCUAUUUCUUCUUCCUCAGGAUGGAUGAAAAUUAUAACCUCUUGCCUCAUGGAGUCAAUUUCCAAGAUGCCAUCUUUCCAGACACUCAAGAGAACAGAAGGAUGUUUUCCAGCCUUUUCCAGUUUUCAAACUGUUCCCAAGGGCAGCAACUGGCAACUUUCUCCAGUGACUGGGAAGUCCAAGAAGACACUAGGGAGCUGGUGAGAGAGUGUCCUCAUCUGACCUUGAAGAAUGGGCCUCCGGACAGAGAGGAACUCAUGUGUUCCUCGGUGCAGAAGGCCCUGUUUGAGGAGGAGGACCACGUCAAGAAGCUGCAGCAGAAGGUGGCCACCCUGGAGAAGCGGAACAAGCAGCUGCGGGACCGGGUGAAGAAGGUCAAGAGGUCCCUGCGGCAGGCGCGGAAGAACGGCCGGCACCUGGAGCUGCUGAACCAGAAGCUGAGUGAGAAGCUGGCGGCCGCGGCAGGCGCGCUCCCGCACAUCAACGCGCUGGGCCGCGAGCCCGCGGGCGCCGCCUACCUGCGGGGGUAGCAGGGAUGGAGCCUUGGCCUCACCUGGUACCCGCUGAGGCCUCUCGCAGGGAGUGGAAGAGGACACUGGGUUUAUACGCGCACAUAGCUCAAGAACUCUUGUAGACGAUGAUAUUUUUACUGUGCAUUUGGUAGCGUCUAGUUGGUUUACAGGGCAAGUCUCCUAUCUCCUUGGCUGCCGGCCUCCUGCCCUUCCCUGGCCUUGUCCCACACCCAGUGCUCUGAUGCCGGCAGUGCCAUGUGCUUGCCUGGGGCCUGUCCCUGGCUUCCAGGAGCAGCUUGGAAAAAGUGCACUUCUUAGGGAAAGAACAUUUUAGAAUCUCUACAGGUACAAGAACUCAAGGGGUUCAGCCUCCAUUUCUCAAGAAAGGCAGCGUGGUCCCAGCUCUAAGCAGCAGGACAACCGUGAGUUUGAAGGAAUGAUUGAUAGGUCGUGGAAUCUUCUGGUGUCAUUAAGACUUAGGGAGCUCAUCACAAGUCAGGGAGUGGAGCUAGAGGUGGCAGGUAAUUAAGAAGAAUUAUACCUGAUUUCCAACCUCAGCUAUCCAGAGUUACAGAGGUUUCCCAUGGGCCACUUUAAUCUAAAGGGGAAUUGCCUUUAUGGGCCUGUCCUGUUUCAUCAAAGCACAUUUCUAAGUUGGAGGAGCUCAAACAGUAUCUCAGCCCUUGCUAAAUUCUAACUUACUGUUUGCUCAGUGAUUACUUCCAGCUUCUCUGAAUUCGAGGUGAGCUGACCCAAUAUGUUGUGAACUUCUGUUGUGCAAAGACACCUCCUUACCUACUGGGGUCAGGGGACCUUGCCUCGUUGCUAUCCAGGCUCUGCUCCCAAAAGGGCUUGUUGAGGGCAUUCCGAUCUUGGCUUCUUUAUGCAAAUGCUUUCCGCCCACCUGGACUGUCCAGGCAGACCCUGGGAGCAGUGUCUGCACAUCAGCCCGCUUCUCACUGCAUUAGAUCCUAUGUACGAUCGCUUCACCUUCUUUGGGAAGAAACCUCUAGAAAGAGUAUUGCAAGUAAAAGAUAUUCACAAUACCUAACACUUGAGCCCUUCCCUUAGCCACAUGUGAUCGUGUCCCAGCUGUGUGACUGAGAAGUGCCCAUCCCUUGGUUAUCUUCUGAUGAUGGUUCUCCAAACCAACCAGUGUCCCUUCCCUGCUAUUUUAGGUAGAAGCUGCCCCUUUACCACCCCAGAUACAGGAGGGCCCGACAAUGCCGUCCUCUCCAUUGGAAAUGGCAGUUAGGGUCAGAUUUCCAUCCACUGCCUUUAGAAAAACCAUGUCCUUCUUGCUCUGGUAGCGCGUCUGGGGCCUGAGCCUUGUGACACUUGGGUCUUGAUGGUAGGCGAUGGCCUCAGAGGAGAAGUCAAUGCCCUGGACUGCACAGCAUGGGGACUUUUGCUCAAGGGCUCUUUACUGCUAAGCUUCUGCCAGCACUUCAUCAGCUGUAAUCUUCAUGGUCUGGUACAAUAGAAGGCACAUCUUGUGGUUUAUUCUUCCCAGGGACGUUUCAUUACAGCAGUUUUGCUGCCACCCAAGGGAAUGACAAGCCUAACAGUGAUUUACAGCCAGCGCUUGGAGAACUGUGGAAGCUGGAUCUCUUCGGAUGCAUUAUGUUCUGCCUUUUCAAUAAACAUGAGCAAUAGUUCAGCCACAGCAGUAAA